AUAGUGCUUCCGAACCCUUGUUUGCUCUUGCAUAGUGCAUGGUGCUGUUGUCUUGAAUAGCCACAACAGAUAUGAUGCUCUCCAACCGCACUUCGGGCAGGCCCACCGUUGGGUCUAGGUCGUCGUCCUCCGCGCGCCGGCCCGCUCUGUUUGUUCCAGUGAAGCAUGUUUCUCGCGUGGCGCCGCUAAGGGCUCAAAAUGAGGACGAUGAGCCCUCGACGUUCGGCAAGAACAUUGACUCCAAGGGCGCUGGUACCAGUUUCACUAGCCCGGGAUGGCUGACGCAGCUCAACAUGCUUUGGGGUGGCAAAAGCAACGUGCCUGUGGCCAACGCCCAGCCGGACGACAUCAAGGAGCUGCUGGGCGGCGCGUUGUUCAAGGCGCUGUACAAGUGGAUGCAGGAGAGCGGGCCCAUCUACCUGCUGCCCACGGGCCCGGUGUCGUCCUUCCUGGUGGUGUCCGACCCCGCCGCCGCCAAGCACGUGCUGCGAUCCACAGACAACAGCCAGCGCAACAUCUACAACAAGGGCCUCGUGGCGGAGGUGAGCGAGUUCCUGUUCGGCAAGGGUUUCGCCAUCUCGGGCGGUGACGCCUGGAAGGCGCGCCGGCGGGCCGUCGGGCCCUCCCUGCACAAGGCCUACCUGGAGGCCAUGCUGGACCGCGUGUUCGGCGCCAGCAGCCUGUUCGCGGCGGACAAGCUGCGCAAGGCGGCGGCGGAGGGGACGCCCGUCAACAUGGAGGCGCUCUUCUCGCAGCUGACUCUGGACAUCAUCGGCAAGUCGGUGUUCAACUACGACUUCAACUCACUCACAUCGGACUCGCCAGUCAUUCAGGCUGUGUACACGGCGCUCAAGGAGACGGAGCAGCGCGCAACCGACCUACUGCCGCUGUGGAAGGUCCCCGGCAUUGGCUGGCUCAUCCCCCGCCAACGCAAGGCACUGGAGGCGGUUGAGCUGAUCCGCAAGACCACCAACGACCUGAUCAAGCAGUGCAAGGAGAUGGUGGACGAGGAGGAGAUGCGGGCCGCGUCAGCCGCAGCGGCUGCGGGCACGGAGUACCUGAACGAGGCCGACCCCAGCGUGCUGCGCUUCCUGAUCGCGGCGCGCGAGGAGGUGGACUCCACGCAGCUGCGCGACGACCUGCUGUCCAUGCUGGUGGCGGGGCACGAGACCACGGGUGAGGGGGGGCGGGGGCGGGGGGGGGGGGGUCGCAUCAGUGCAUCCACUACCGCUUUUCCUAACAUCCUUCCCCACCCCUCCUGCUCCAUGCAGGCCGAGGUGGACGCUGUGCUGGGCUCCCGGCUGUCUCCCACCAUGGCCGACUACGGCCAGCUGCGCUACGUGAUGCGCUGCGUGAACGAGUCCAUGCGCCUCUACCCGCACCCGCCCGUGCUGCUGCGCCGCGCGCUGGUGGAGGACGAGCUGCCCGGGGGGUUCAAGGUGCCAGUGGGUCAGGAUGUGAUGAUCAGCGUCUACAACAUCCACCACUCGCCUGCCGUGUGGGACGAUCCCGAGGCCUUCAUCCCGGAGCGCUUCGGCCCACUUGACGGCCCCGUGCCCAACGAGCAAAACACUGACUUCCGCUACAUCCCCUUCAGCGGCGGGCCGCGCAAGUGCGUGGGCGACCAGUUUGCCCUGAUGGAGGCGGUGGUGGCGCUGACGGUGCUGCUGAGGCAGUACGACUUCCAGAUGGUGCCCAACCAGCAGAUUGGCAUGACCACCGGCGCCACCAUCCAUACCACCAACGGGCUGUACAUGUACGUGAAGGAGCGGGGGGCGGCGGCGAGCGGCAGCAGCGGCGUCGCAGGCGGCAAGCAGCUGGCGGCGGCGUAGAUCCAUCGUGUCGGUGGACUGUAACCGCUUACAAGUAGAUGCAGUGAGGUUUGGAGUACGGUAGGGGGCAUGGAGAGAUGUGGUGGUGUGGACGAGCUGGGGAGGCCGGGUACAACUGUGUUUUCGGUGAGGACCAGGGAAAGUGGCGUUGGAGGUGUGAGGCUGUGGGGGCCUGCAGCGAGCGAGGUGCGAUCAGGUUGGGAGUCUUGGGGACUGUGACGGCCCCGAUCCGACGUGAGGGCGCGAUGAGCAGGGAGCACAGCACUGGGUAAUGAGGGCGAGUUGGAUGCUUGGAGAAGGAGCGCGGGAACGCGGACGUGGGAUUACGCAGCAGGGCAGCAAGGAAGCUGAAUGGAUGAAUGCCCGCCGCUGCAGGUGGCACCGUUGUGUCUGUGGCGCUGUGGCACCAGUACUGGGACGUUGGUUGGCAACGGUGUGUAUCGGGGAUUUAGGGUGUUGGACUGAGUCGGGGGGCUCUGGAGUUACUGGCUACGGUGGAACGGUCGAUCUGUAACUCGGGAAGCCAGGACUGUACGGGAUUGGCUGCCUGGAUUCCUGGAAGCACCACA